UUCAUAAGUUUAAACGCCGAAAACCCCAGAGAGAUCCGUAGUAGUUUAUCGUUGUUGUCCUCGAAACAUAGCCGCCUGGUGACGGUUAACCAAACAGAAAUCACGACAUGCAAAAAUAAAAUAAAAAAAGAACUGAGCAAUAGUAAAAGCAUUUUCUUUCUGACAAGCAUUUCCAGUUGGGUACCUCAGUUGGUGAGAGCCAGCAUUUUAUUCUCUCUCUCUCUCUAAAAAUGUGCCUGUUGAUUUGAUCCAGUCACCCAAAAUUAAAAGAAAAGGGCUCCCAUUUUUAUUUUUAUUUUUCUGCUCCUCAAAAGAACACACAAAAUCGAAAUUUGGCCUCUAAAUUUAGCACAGAUCUGCUGCUAAACUUGGAGGUAAAGAGGAUCAAUUAGGGCUUUUCAAAGACAGAAGAAACAGAUAGUUGCUCUCCCAAGAUGAUGAUCUCCAGGGGAUUAUUCGGAUGGUCCCCACCUCAUAUACAACCAUUGACGCCGGUAUCGGAGGUUUCCGAGCCGCCGGAGAGUCCUUCUCCUUACUUAGAUACCAGCGCGGAGGCGGCCUCGGCUGCCAAUCAGGCGGAAGCGGAGGAGGAGAUCGACGAGGCUGAGGAGAUGGAGCCGCCGCCGGCUGCUGUUCCGUUCUCGAGGUUGUUUGCUUGUGCUGAUAGGUUAGAUUGGGGGCUCAUGAUCGUUGGUUCGCUUGCAGCUGCUGCGCAUGGGACCGCUCUUGUUGUUUACCUGCAUUUCUUUGGGAAGAUUAUUGGGGUUUUGGGGAUUCCGCCGGGGGAGCGAUUUGACAGGUUUUCUCAUCUUGCCAUGCACAUUGUAUACCUAGCUGUGGGUGUUUUUGCUGCUGGUUGGAUUGAGGUUUCCUGCUGGAUUCUAACUGGGGAACGACAGACUGCGGUCAUCAGGUCGAAGUAUGUUCAAGUAUUACUCAAUCAGGACAUGAGCUUUUUUGACACCUAUGGGAAUAACGGGGAUAUUGUUAGCCAAGUUUUGAGUGAUGUGCUCCUCAUUCAAUCUGCCUUGAGUGAAAAGGUUGGAAAUUAUAUUCAUAACAUGGCUACGUUUUUUAGUGGUCUUGUUAUUGGAUUUGUCAACUCCUGGCAGAUUGCACUCAUAACUUUAGCUACUGGCCCAUUCAUUGUUGCUGCAGGAGGUAUCUCAAAUAUAUUUCUUCAUAGGCUUGCUGAGAGCAUUCAAGAUGCAUAUGCUGAAGCAGCUAGCAUUGCUGAACAGGCACUCUCUUACACUAGGACCUUAUAUGCGUUCACAAACGAAACUCUGGCCAAAUAUUCAUAUGCAACGUCACUACAAGCAACUUUGAGAUAUGGUAUUUUGAUUAGCCUUGUUCAAGGACUUGGCCUUGGUUUUACAUAUGGCCUUGCAAUAUGUUCUUGUGCCUUGCAACUUUGGGUUGGAAGGUUUCUGGUUACAGAUCAUAAAGCUCAUGGUGGUGAAAUAGUAACAGCCCUCUUUGCUGUCAUUUUAAGUGGCCUUGGGCUGAAUCAAGCUGCAACCAAUUUCUAUUCAUUUGAUCAAGGACGGAUCGCUGCCUAUAGACUUUUUGAGAUGAUAAGUAGAUCAUCCUCCACAGUUAAUCAGGAUGGAGACAGCCUAGUGGCAGUGCAAGGAAAUAUCGAGUUUCGGAAUGUUUAUUUUAGCUAUCUAUCUCGUCCUGAGAUCCCCAUCUUGAGUGGAUUUUACCUCACUGUACCAGCUAAAAAAGCAGUGGCUCUUGUUGGCAGAAAUGGUUCUGGAAAAAGCAGCAUUAUCCCACUCAUGGAGCGCUUUUACGAUCCUACCUUAGGAGAAGUUCUUCUUGAUGGAGAGAACAUAAAAAACCUGAAACUGGAAUGGCUUAGAAGCCAAGUAGGACUGGUCACCCAGGAACCUGCCUUGUUAAGUUUGAGUAUAAUUGAUAACAUUUCAUAUGGACGAGAUGCUACUUUGGAUCAGAUUGAAGAAGCUGCCAAAAUAGCACAUGCACAUACAUUUAUCAGUUCACUUGAGAAAGGCUAUGAGACACAGGUGGGCAGGGCUGGUUUAGCAUUGACAGAGGAGCAGAAAAUUAAACUUUCUAUCGCCAGAGCAGUGCUUUUGAAUCCAACAAUUCUUCUGCUUGAUGAGGUUACUGGUGGACUUGAUUUUGAAGCUGAGAGAGCAGUUCAAGAGGCACUAGAUCUUCUCAUGUUGGGACGUUCAACCAUCAUAAUAGCUAGACGUCUUAGUCUAAUCAGGAAUGCUGAUUAUAUAGCUGUAAUGGAGGAGGGCCAGCUUGUUGAAAUGGGUACACACGACGAAUUAUUAACCUUGGAUGGUCUGUAUGCAGAGCUUCUCAAAUGUGAAGAAGCAGCAAAACUUCCAAGGAGGAUGCCAGUUAGAAACUACACAGAGACUGCUGCUUUCCAAGUUGAAAAGGAUUCUUCUACUGGCCAUAGCUAUCAAGAACCAUCCUCUCCUAAAAUGGCAAAGUCACCAUCGCUUCAGAGGGUCCCUGGUAUAUUUCGGCCUCCAGAUGGCAUGUUUAAUUCACAAGAAUCACCAAAAGUUCUCAGCCCACCACCAGAGAAGAUGAUAGAAAAUGGUCUUCCCUUGGAUGGUGCUGAUAAGGAACCAUCGAUAAGAAGGCAGGAUAGUUUUGAAAUGAGACUCCCUGAGUUACCCAAGAUUGAUGUCCAGUCUGCAAAUCGACAUACAUCAAAUGGUUCAGGCCCUGAAUCCCCUGUUUCUCCACUUUUGACAUCUGAUCCUAAAAAUGAGCGUUCCCACUCUCAGACUUUUAGUCGACCCCACAGUCACUCUGAUGAUGUUCCAAUUGAAGUGAAGGAAGCUAGGGAUGUAAAACAUCAGAAAGAACCACCAUUUUGGAGACUAGCAGAGCUUAGUCUUGCAGAGUGGCUUUAUGCUGUGUUAGGAAGCAUUGGUGCUGCUAUUUUUGGUUCUUUCAAUCCACUUCUUGCUUAUGUUAUUUCACUGAUAGUGACUGCUUAUUAUAGACAACAACGCCACUUGCGACAGGAUGUAGACAGGUGGUGCUUGAUGAUUGCCAUCAUGGGUAUAGUGACUGUUGUUGCCAAUUUCUUGCAGCACUUCUAUUUUGGCAUCAUGGGAGAGAAAAUGACUGAACGAGUCCGCAGAAUGAUGUUUUCAGCAAUGCUACGGAAUGAAGUUGGAUGGUUUGAUGAAGAGGAUAAUAGUGCUGACACAUUAUCCAUGCGCUUGGCAAAUGAUGCUACUUUCGUACGAGCUGCAUUCAGCAAUCGACUUUCAAUAUUUAUACAGGACAGUGCUGCAGUUAUUGUGGCUGUUGUCAUUGGGAUGCUGCUUCAGUGGCGAUUGGCUCUUGUGGCAUUGGCAACCCUGCCAGUUCUCACUGUCUCUGCAGUUGCACAGAAGUUGUGGCUUGCUGGAUUUUCUAGGGGCAUCCAGGAGAUGCACAGAAAGGCAUCACUGGUCCUUGAGGAUGCUGUUAGAAACAUUUAUACUGUUGUGGCAUUCUGUGCUGGUAACAAAGUAAUGGAGCUCUACAGAUUGCAACUGAAGAAAAUAUUUAAGCAGAGUUUUGUCCACGGAAUGGCCAUUGGUUUUGGAUUUGGCUUCUCACAGUUUCUUCUUUUUGCCUGUAAUGCCCUUCUUCUCUGGUACACUGCAUACUCUGAAAAGAAUCUCCAUGUUGAUCUUCAUACAGCUCUCAAGGAGUAUAUGGUUUUCUCUUUUGCAACAUUUGCACUGGUGGAACCUUUUGGAUUGGCUCCAUACAUACUUAAGCGGCGAAAAUCUCUUAUUUCAGUAUUUGAAAUUAUAGAUCGAGAACCAAAGAUUGACCCAGAUGAUAACUCAGCACUGAAGCCUCCAAAUGUUUAUGGAAGCAUUGAGUUGAAGAAUGUGGAUUUCUGUUAUCCAACUCGCCCAGAAGUGUUGGUAUUGAGCAAUUUCAGUCUCAAAGUUAAUGGAGGACAAACUGUAGCUGUGGUGGGAGUUUCAGGGUCUGGAAAAAGCACUAUAAUUUCUUUAAUUGAGAGAUUUUAUGAUCCAGUUGGUCUUGUUCAGCAGGAACCAAUUAUCUUUUCAACAACUAUAAAAGAAAAUAUUAUAUAUGCCAGGCACAAUGCAAGUGAAGCUGAGAUGAAAGAGGCUGCUAGAAUUGCUAAUGCUCACCAUUUCAUCAGUAGCCUGCCUCAUGGUUAUGACACCCAUGUGGGAAUGAGGGGCGUGGACCUUACCCCAGGACAGAAGCAGAGAAUUGCAAUUGCUCGAGUAGUGCUCAAGAAUGCACCCAUCUUGUUAUUGGAUGAAGCCAGCUCAUCCAUUGAAUCUGAAUCAAGUCGUGUGGUACAAGAGGCACUAGAUACUCUGGUUAUGGGAAACAAAACUACCAUUCUGAUAGCUCAUAGAGCGGCAAUGAUGAGGCAUGUUGAUAACAUUGUGGUUCUAAAUGGAGGGCGAAUUGUUGAGGAAGGGACCCAUAAUUCUUUGAUGGCAAAGAAUGGUUUGUAUGUCAGAUUGAUGCAGCCUCACUUUGGAAAGGGUUUGCGUCAACAUCGACUAAUUUAAGGUUUGGUUUACACUGUUGAAAUUUGUAUUUGGUUCUUCUGUAUAGUUCUUAUCCUGGGCCAUCUUAAAUUGCCGGAAACAUUUAUAUCUGCCAGGGUGCCUUGAAUAUUAUUUGGUUGGAGUUUCCAGAGUGCACAAGAAGCUAAUGAGAAUGAUGAAGCUUGUAACAUUCUUUUGCAUGGUGGCAGUGCUAGCUAUGUUGUUCAAAUGUAGGAUCUAGAUAUAGGGAUCUUGGAUUUUUGUUGGCUGGUGAGAACAUGCUCUUGGGGCUAGAUACCAUAUUCUUUUUGGAGGGAAGCGUUAUGUUUUGGUUUUGUUUCCAUGAUUGAUUUGUUCAUUAGUAAGAGAUCGGGCAGAGGAGAUAAUUCUAGUCCUAGUGGGGUGUGCUUCUUGGUUUUUGUUCUCCGUCGUUAGUAUUUCCCUCCUUGAUGAAUUUAUGCAACUGACUAGCUUGGGUGUGUUUACUGUAAAUUUUACAACUGUGAACUUGAAAGUUUAGAAUAGGAAAAGGGGUGAGAAAACUUGUUGUAAUCUUUGUAUAUAACCACGUGGUUAGAUUGUAAUCUGUUUAACUUUUACUGGCAUGAAUCAACUGGCUGGCUUUUAAUCGGUUGUUUGUCAAUUAGAUAGGCGCCAUUGUUAUGUUUUUGCAGGAAACCAAUACGAUGUUUGAUGUUUUGUUUUUUCUUUU